AGCAUGAGCGAAAGCGAUAGCAAAACCGGAGGGAGCCUUUUCUUUUUGGCAAGCGAGGGAAUGAGUUCCUAUUUGUUUAAAGGCAAUUUACCUGCAGGGGAACACACUACUGUAAAAUAAAAAGAACGCCGAGAGAACGAGGGCGGAUAUUAUUGUAAUCAACAUGACUACAGUGGAUGCAUAGUAUUAAUUUAACGUCAGUCUGCAUCCGUUUUCUUGUUGGUUGUUAUUGUGUCUACGCUUUGACGGGAGCUGCAUUGCACAUAUGCUUAUGAAAGGAGGCUACGAAAGACUUCACAGGGAUCAGCCUGAAAAUGGAACAGUAUGCAAAAAACUGGGAACAGCGCAUAUAGAUGCGCAUGGACCAAGGCGAAAUUGCGCGGUUCAGAUGCAUCUUAACUCAGUCGUUACCUGGCAGCGGUCGUGCUGUGUUAUUUUGAACUCAACUUUUGAUUUUAAACGCAUUACACUUCUCAAGGAGGGCUGUAAUGUCUCCGAAAAACAGAAUGACAUCUGACAAGACAGCUUCUGUGCGAUCCAUCCGACCAGCGGUUACCACACACCAGCCACUUUCCGACUCCUCCCGCGGCUGAGCCGGUGAUGGUUCUGCGAGGAUGCUGCGCUUCCCCGUGAAGAAAAUUCGGAAGCAAUUCAAACUCCUCCUGCUAUUGGUUCUGCUCACGUUUGCUGUCUGGUUCACGUAUCUGCACAUCAACCAAGGCAAAGCGAUCAAACUUCAUUUCAACUACGGCAAAGAUGGAGAGAGGCAGGCGGAGGGAACGGACGUCAGUCACAAGAGGGACUCGCGCUCUUCAGCCAGUCGCCACAACAGUGAGGAGGUUGGUGACAGCCGGGAGGAGGAGCCUGCGGAGGAAGAGCCAAAUGCUUUCGAGGGGGAGAGCAAAGACCUGGCAGACAUUAGGAAGUUCCUCAUCCAGAAGCAGAACAAGUUACCAUGGAAACCAGAGUACAAAGGCCAGGCUAACCUUCACGUGUUUGAAGACUGGUGUGGGUCCUCUGUAUUGCAGCUCCGAAAGAAUCUUCACUUCCCCCUUUACCCUCAUACAAGAACCACAGUGAAGAAACUGGCCGUGGCUCCAAAGUGGAAGAACUAUGGCCUGCGAAUCUUUGGCUUCAUCCACCCUUAUAGAGAUGGGGAUUUCCAGUUUGCUGUGGCCUCCGACGACAACUCAGAGUUCUGGCUGAGCUCUGACGAGAGUCCGCUCAAUGCCAGGCUGCUGGUAUACGUGGGUCGGUUGGGCCCAGAGUGGACAGCCCCUGGAGAGUUCAGCAAGUUCAGGUCCCAGUCAUCCAAGUCUAUUCAUCUCAUCUCCUCCAGACGGUACUACUUUGAAAUUCUGCACAAGCAAGAUGACAAGGGUUCGGACCAUGUGGAGGUUGGGUGGCGCCCUUUCCUGCCAGGCCUGAAGUAUGAGAUCAUUGAUUCAGCAUAUAUCUCCCUGUACACAGAUGAGUCUGGUAUGAAAAUGAACAGUGUGGAUCAUAUCCCGCAGACACUGGCCAGCCACAGCCAUCUCCCCCAGGAGGCUCAGCCCAGCAGCCAGCAUGGAGCCGACAUGCUUAAGCCUGACCCCAGAGACACCUUCUAUAGCACACCCAUGAUCGAGCCCUCCCGCCUGGAGAAUGUGCUUCCCGCCUGCCUCUACUCCCCCACAUAUGUGGUGAAGGACUUCCCCAUUGCCCGCUACCAGGGCCUGCAGUUUGUAUACUUGUCUUUCGUCUAUCCCAAUGACUUCACCCGACUCACCCACAUGGAGAAGGAGAACAAGUGUUUUUACAGAGAAUCUCCAAUAUAUCUUGAGAAGUUCGGCUUCUAUAAAUACAUGAAGAUGGACGAGGAGGAGGACGAUCGGCCCUUCUUCUUCCCGAAUCCAAACGAUUUCCUGGAGGAGGAGGAAGGGGUAGACCCAGAGGAUGAGGUGGCAGCAGUGGAUGCCCUGGUCAGAAGAGCCAAUAACAGCCGUUCCACUCGGCCCCCCCGUAGGGCGGCCGCACCGACCCCCUCUGAAAGAGAGGAUAAGGAGGUGGACAGCUACAUGCCUGGUCGCCAACGGAGAUACUUUCCACCGCUGUCCGAGCAGAGGGGGCAGAGAAGGGGCAGCAGGGCACCUCCAGAUCCCCGGGGCAAUGCCCUGAGCCACCAGCAGGAGGAGCCAGAGGCGUUGGACUUCCACAGGCCUGGGAACACAGUGCAGGGUCGCUCCCUCUCCUGGAUCCGCUCUGGCCCAGAUGAGCUGAGCAGGGGGGGAGCAGUGGAGAUGCCCCCAAAAUUCAGGAAGACGUCACUGCUGUUUCCCCAGAAGAGCUCCCUGCCUGCACUGAGCAGCAGGGCAAAGCAGAUCCUCAGUAACUCCGCCCACACUGACCAUGGCCUCGAAACCCUGCGUGCCAAUAAGGAGCAUAGGAAGGAUAACAACAAGAUCUACAUCACCAGGCCCCGGCCAUUCAACAGCAGGAGGGGCACCACCCCACACCAGCCCAGGGAGGUCUUCCCUGGGGUCUUUCUGUAUCAGAAUGGCAAGACCACAAAGCUGGUCAACCUCAGCACCAAGCCAAGGGGCGGAAAGCCACUCAUGAGCACCCCACACCUAUGGCCCUCUUUCAAAGAUGGCAAAGCUUCCCUAUUGAAUGGCAAUGCCACCCGCCUGUCCGCAACGCACAAGGCGUCCACCAGGGCAGCACUGGUGAGACAUAACCAGAGAAGGAGAACAGACCCCUGGGAAAGAGGGCGAGAGCCCCCAGCCUCACCCAGCAGGAGCACCUUUGCUGCCUCUCCGUCCCGCCACAGGCACCCUGUUCCAACUACCACAGCCAACCCCAAGCCCACAGGCCUCAGCCCCUCUGAGGACAGCCUCCCCGGAGAGGUCAGGGUCACCUCCUACCUGAGGACCUCGGAGAUCACAGAGUCCCGGCAGGAGGCAGAGGUGGAGCCGGAGCAGGAACAGGAGGAAGGGGAGGGAGGCCUGUCGGAGUACAGCUAUGAGGAAGCGGAGCCACGGCCGGGCUGGGCGGAGGAGGCCAUCAACUGGCAGCGCACAUUCUCCGUCAACACCAUGGACUUUGAGCUGCUGCGGUCCGACUGGAACGACCUGCGCUGCAACGUGUCGGGCAACCUGCAGCUGGCUGAGAGUGAGGUGGUGGAUGUGCUCGCGCAGUACAUGGAGAAACUCAAUGAACGCAAUGGCGGCAUCUACACCCUGCUGCGCAUCAUCAAUGUGGAGAAGCGGCGGGACUCGGCACGAGGGAACCGCUACCUGGUAGAGCUGGAGCUGACGGAGCGGGGGAAGAGAGUAGUGCGCCUUUCUGAGUACAUCUACCUCCUGCUGCACCGUGGGCGGGUGGAGGACAGCCCUGAGAAUGGGGAGGGGCUCACCACCUCCGCCCCUGCCCCAGCCACCACUACCACCACCACAACCGCUGCUGCAGCCCCAGCCGCAGGCCCGGCUGCCCACAGCACCCAGAUCCGUGCCACCACCCACUGGGGCAUGGCCUACGUCCGGCCGCUGCUCUGCCAGCCUGUCAUGCUUCAGUGGCGGCGCGACGUCAUGGUGCACUUUGUGGUGCCAGUGAAGAACCAAGCCCGCUGGGUCCAGCAGUUCAUCACAGACAUGGAACUCUUGCACCAUGAGACCAAGGAUGACAACUUCAGCAUCAUCAUUGUGGACUUCGAGAGCGAAGACAUGGAUGUGGAGCAGGCUCUGAGGGACAGCAAGGUGCCACGGUACGAGUACCUAAGGCGGGAGGGAAACUUUGAGCGCUCGGCAGGCCUUCAGAUUGGAGUGGAUACCAUAGAGGACAGUCACAGCAUCGUGUUCCUGUGUGACCUGCAUAUCCACUUCCCCCUCAACAUCCUGGAGAGCAUCAGGAAGCACUGUGUGGAGGGGCGGCUGGCCUUUGCGCCCAUAGUCAUGAGGCUGGGUUGUGGGAGCUCCCCCCAAGAGCCUGAUGGGUACUGGGAAGUGAAUGGCUUUGGUCUGUUCGGCAUUUACAAGUCUGAUUUUGACAAGAUUGGGGGGAUGAACACAGAGGAGUUUAAGGACCGCUGGGGAGGGGAAGACUGGGAGCUGCUGGACAGGGUGCUGCAGAAUGGCCUGGAGGUGGAGCGGCUCCGGUUGCGAAACUUCUUCCACUACUACCACUCCAAGCGGGGCAUGUGGAAUGCUCAAGCAAAGAAGAGCCCCAGAGGAUAGCUCUUAGGAAAGCCCCCGCUCCCUUGUCCUCCACUGUGGACAGCAGGAAAAUAUACAACCUGAAGGCUGUGGAGGCAGGCGUUCUUCAGAGAAGGCCCAGGUCGUCUGAGAACCCCAAGGGGCCUUUUUUUGGCAGAUGCAAAGAGACGGCAUGGCUGCAUCUGCCCAUGUCACUGGGUCCUCCUCCCAGCUGCUGCUCUUGUAAUGGUAACCACAAAUGAAGAAUGUCUCUCUUGUUAGAGGUUUGAGGAUUUGUGUUUUUUAAUGGGGCUACUGUUCUUUGUAUUCACAGGAGAGUGGUACCUUGAUUUCUCUGAGAUGGUAACAAUCUAAAAAUUGCCUGGUUAGGGCAACACAGAAACAGACACACAAUGGCGUAAACUUUGUUCUGUUUCAAGCCAGGUGAAGGAGGACAGCCGUCAAUGGGGCUUUCUUUUUUUGGCAUUUUCUAACAUGCCUGAGAGGUACUGAGCAUUCCUCACUUUAUUCAGGUUAAGGGACACUAAAACAAACCUCUGCAUCUGCUUCUGAGUCUCUGAUUUUCUUUCUCAGCUCUUUUCGUCUCUCUGUCUCUCUUUCUGGUAGCAUAAAUGGGAGGGGUUUUAGUGCCCUGCAACGAUGUGGCACAGAGGCCAAAAGGGAAGAUGCAGUCAGAGAGUGUCAGAGAGCCAGUACAGCAGUUGGGGAUGCUACCACCACCUAUAGUGACCAGCUGCUUGAUUUUUAGUGAUACCACACCACCCUAGCUGAAGGUCUCUAUGGACUUCCUCAUGGCUGGUGCAGGUGGCUGACAACACAAGUGCAGCACCGUCAGGGGGAUUAGGAGCUGUGUCCAGCCACCGAAUCACGAUGUGGCUUCUCAGGCCUCCACCAUCCCAUUCUCUCUCCAUCAGUGAGAGAUCCAGUCUCUUGUCAGGGUUUUUUUGCUUUGCAGAGCCACAAUACUGGUCAAGUGAUGAGUGCUUACAGUAUGGUCAUGGCAUUGUAUGGGGUUUGCUAUUGGAUUGUUGACAUACCACUGUUUAUCCAGUGACUGGGUGGUGUGUGUGUGUGUGGUGGUGGUGGUGGUGUGUGUGUGUGGGGGGGUUCUGUGUACUUUGUAGCUCCUUCAAACGCUCCCGACAUAGCUGUGCACUACCUUCCCCCUGUUAGGAGGCCGGUUUAUACAGGGAUGCCUUCAUUGGCUGAUGGUCACGGGUUGCAGAUUGACAGGGAAAAUAAUUUAGAAUCUGGAUUCAUGGAUCCCAAGUUCUAGUUUCUCUGGCUGG